AUGAUAGUCUUACCUGGUCUUACCUCUCUGCUUGUUUACGCAGGCUGGAAGCGUUGGAGCGAUCCCAACACGUGGGGAAAGCAGUCGCUACUCCCCUGGGACAAGAAGCCCAAGGGGUGGCCCUUCCGCCUGGGUGUGCCGGGGCGCGGGCUGCUGCAGUGGCGGGAUGUGACUAUACCUGCUUCCGCUCUCUUCCCCCUCUCUCCCUCUUCUCCCUCCCCGUGUGGCGCGGCCAUCCUGCUGGAUGUGACUGACGUGAGGGUUGGAAAGCCCAAGAUCAAAGGGUGGCUCAAGUACUUCCACCUCCUCUCUCACCCUCAUCCUCUCAUGCCUGCUUGCCUGUCCCGGUGCCGCCUGUCUGCCUCUUCUUCCUCCUGGUGUAUGUGA